AUGUCUAAAAUCAGCAAGGCCGGCAUUGAGACUGCGGCCGAUGGUGCUGCAUUCAUUCCCUCAUCUAAACGCGCCGAUGGUUCUACCAGGAAAGAAAUCCGAGUGAGGCCGGGCUACAGGCCUCCUGAAGACAUCGAGACGUACAAAAAUCGCAGUGCCGAAGCAUGGAAGGGCAGAGGGCAAGGCGGUGUGCCUGGGGCUGAUCCGGUUGCUUCGGCCAAGGACGAUGUCGCUGCACCGAACAAGAAUGCCAAACGCAGAGAGGCCGCGCGCAAAAAGGCAGCAGUACAGGGAUCGACGGACGAGGAACUCACAACAGCCAUGCAAAGUACCACCAUUGCUGAUGUAGAGAAACUCAAGCAGGACUGGCGAGAUCCUAGCAAACUGGCGGCGAAUCAACCGGCUGGCGAGGAAGAAGCUGACCGGCAAAAAAAGAUACGGAAUCAUCUCAAAAAGCUGAAGGCGGUUCGAGAGCUCAGGGAGAGACGUGCCACAGGAGAGAAGUUGUCGCACGACCAGAUCAUGAAGAUUGGCAAAGAAGGGGAACUCCUGCGCGACUUAAAGAAGCUCGGCUACGACGGGCCAGAAGUACAGUCCGAAGCCGGCGAAGCAACGAGUGCCACAGACGAUCCCACGAGCACGGCCAACACAUGA